ACCGAGGGGGCGUGGCAGGGAAGCAGGGAGCCGCGCGGCAUGGCGGGCGGGGCCCGCGAGGUGCUCACCCUGCAGUUGGGCCACUUUUCGGGCUUCGUGGGGGCGCACUGGUGGAAUCAGCAGGAUGCUGCGCUGGGCCUGGCGGACGCCCCUGCGUCCCCGGGGGAGCUGUGUCCCGACGUCCUGUUCCGCGCGGGCCGCACGCUGCACGGCCAGGAAACCUACACGCCGCGGCUCAUCCUCAUGGACCUCAAGGGUAGCCUGAGCUCCCUAAAACAAGAAGGCGGACAGUACCGGGACAAGCAGCUAGAUGCGGCAAUUGCCUGGCAGGGCAAGCUCACCACGCACAAAGAGGAGUUCCAUCCCAAGAACCCCUACCUCCAGGACUUUCUGAGUGCAGAGGGAGUGCUGAGUAGUGAUGGUGUUUGGAGGGUCAAAUCCAUUCCCAAUGGCAAAGGUCAUCCACCUCCUACCACUGUCACAACUCCAGAGCCACUUAUCCCCAAUGAGGACAGUGUUCAUGUCUGGUCAGACUUCCUCAGAAUCCACCUCCACCCCCGGAGCAUCUGUAUGAUUCAGAAUUACAACCAUGAUGGGGAAGCAGGGCGCCUGGAGGCCUUUGGUCAGGGGGAAAGUGUCCUGAAGGAGCCCAGGUACCUGGAAGAGCUUGAGGACAGGCUGCACUUCUAUGUGGAGGAGUGCGACUUCCUGCAGGGCUUCCAGAUCCUGUGUGACCUGCAUGAUGGCUUCUCUGGUGUAGGCACCAAGGCCACAGAGCUGCUACAAGACGAGUAUUCAGGGAGGGGAAUAGUAACCUGGGGCCUGCUUCCCAGCCAUCACAGUCCUGGGGAUCACCAGAAAAACAUCUACCGUGUGUUGAAUACAGCUUUCGGCCUGGUGGGCCUGUCUGCUCACAGCUCUCUGGUCUGCCCCUUGACCCUGGCUGGGAGCCUCGGCCUUCAGCAGGAGCCACCUGUUAGCUUCCCUCACCUGCUCUAUGACGCCACUCUGCCCUUCCACUGUAGUGCUAUCCUGGCAACAGCCCUGGACACCAUCACUGCUCCCUACCGCCUGCAUUUAUCACCUGUGUCCAUGGCUCACCUGGCGGACAUGCUGACCUUCUCUGGGAGAAAGGUGGUGACAGCAGGAGCAGCAGUCCCCUUCCCCUUAUCUCUGAGCCAGUCUCUUCCUGAUAUGCUGCUGCAGCUUGGGGGGGCCACUCCAUGGACCCCGCUGUCUGCCUGCGGUGAUCCUGCCAGAACACACUACUUUGCUCAGUCAGUGGUGCUGAGGGGUUUGGAUCCAUCGUGCCAAACCAGCCAGCUCACCCCAGGGAUGCCUCUGCCCUCCCCCCUCCACGAGUGCAGCACAGGAGAAGAAGUCUUGGCUCAGUACUUAGAACAGCGGCAACCUAGAGUCAGAAGCUCUUCCCAUAUGCUGCUGACGCCCUGCAAGGUGGCCCCCCCAUAUCCCUACUUCUUCUCUUCAAGCCUCAGCCAGCAGGGUUUGGUUCUGGAUGGCCCCCCCACAGGGACAGUAGUGGAGAGCAUCCCGGUGCUCGGUGCCCUGUGCUCCUCUUCCGCUGUGUGUGUGGCCCUCAGGGGCCUGGCCAAGGAGCUCACCAGGCUUGACCUGCGGCGCUGGGCCAGCUUCAUGGAUGCUGGGGUGGAGCAGGACGACAUGGAGGAGAUGCUGCAGGAGCUCCUCAGCCUGGCCCAGUGCUAUAGCAGCGGCAAUGGCCUCAUGGAUUAAUGCUCUAGGCAAAGGGGAGAGCUAGGGCACAAUAAAAACUGCUGGCUAC